UGAACAAAAUUGCGCAUGCGCAAGUGUGUGAGUGCCAAAUUUGUACCCAACUAUCCUUCCACUACAAGCAUUGGCCUGCGGAAUUUGAAAUACAUCGCUAGAGGAUCGACGAGGAUAGAAAAUUGCCCUAAUGUAUGUUAUGUGGAUACAAUCAAUUGGACCAAAAUUGCUAGCCCUUCUCACAGGCUGGAUUAUUUCGGCAAGAAUGAGUACUGCGAGAGCUGCCCUAGCGAGUGUAAUGGCUUGUGUUGGAAUGAAAAUUACUGUCAAGUGGUGGCGGACGACAAUUGUGAUAGCGAAUGCUACGGAUGCAGCGAACCAAGGGAUCCUAAACGAUGCUACACCUGUCAAAAUUAUUUAGAUGGAUCCAAAUGCGUUUCCCGAUGUCCUAGAAACAAAAUCUUGCAUUCUGCAGUUGGUUACUGUGUAACCGAGGCAGAAUGUCCCACGGUCCUCAAUGGCACGUGGUGGGUCUUCCAAGGGGAGUGCGUCAAUAGCUGUCCACCGUACUACCAGCAAGUUUCGGCCGAGGAGGGUUGGUGUUCGUAUUGCGGAAAUAAGUGCGUCAAAUCGUGCGACGGAAUCUUGGUUGAUACAAUAGAAGCGGCGCAGAAGUUGGUGGGAUGCACGCACAUCUCCAGUUCGCUUUCGAUUAGAGUGUUUUCGAAAAGUGCCGCCGAUGAGUUGGAAGAAUCUUUGGGGAUGAUUGAGGAGAUCGACGGGUACUUGAAGGUGUACCGCUCCUAUCCGCUUACGAGUUUGAAUUUUUUAAAGAAAUUGCGCGUUAUUCACGGCAAAGAGUUAGAUAACGCAAGGCACUCGCUUAUUGUGUUCGAAAAUCAACAUCUGCACGAGUUGUGGGAUUGGGACAAUUUCACAUUAACCAUCAAGCAAGGCACGAUCUCCUUCCAUUACAAUCCAAUGUUAUGCUUGAAAGAGAUAGAACGCCUUCGUGUCGUGACUGGAAUCGAGUUUUCAUCAAUUGACGUAUCAACCUUCUCCAACGGAGAUAAAACGGCUUGCAAUUAUCUUAAUCUCAACCUCUCAGUUACACAUGUCAAUUCCAGAACCAUUAUACUCAAUUGGAAUGCGUUUGCAGUUGGUGCUAAUGAGACAGUUGUUGGAUAUCUGCUAUAUUACAUCGAGGAUCCCAUGGGAAAUAUGACGAUCUAUGAUGAAAGCGACGAUUGCGGCGUUUACGGAUGGGAUAGCGUAUUCGUUUCGAAUAACUCUAAGGAAAUCGGCGACUUAUUACCGUUCACCCAAUACGCGUAUUACAUCAAAACAUACACAUCACCCCCUUCCAUUGGGGGACAAACGGAAAUUCGGUACUUUACGACACUUUCCGACGACCCAUCGAUUCCACUCAACAUUAAAGGCGAUGCAAUAAGCAGUGAUGGAAUACUGCUAACUUGGGUUCGUCCCGAACACACGAAUGGAAUUUUAAAUUUUUAUCAUUUAACUGUCAUUGCUCAAGAGGAUGAUUAUGGCGUUGCACUGCAAAGAGAUUUCUGCCAUCAUCCCCACGUCACCUUCUAUACCGACCAUAAAUCCGAAAAAGUGACGAACUUAUGGACGAAUUCUAGCGCUAACGCGACCUGUUGUAAUAAAGAAAAUAAAUACGUGGAUAUCUUUGAAGACGUUUGUAGUUUAGUAGACGCACAUGAUUCCCCAUUUGGAGGUAGCUGUGGAAAACACGAUCAGUUACUUACCGACGCGAACGACGAUCGGGAAGUUGUAAAAAUUGACCCCAACGUCACGAAUUAUCUUGUACAGCGUCUGCACCAUUUCACGAGUUACAUAUUCUACUUGAAAGCCUGCAAUAACGAAUCACAGUGUAGUGCUUCGGUAAUGGCAUCGAAUAGGACGUUUAAAAAAAUCGACGCCGAUUAUAUUCCAUCGGGACUUACCGCCGAAGUAUUGAAAUCGGAUACCGUGUUCAAAUGGCCAGAGCCCGAGGAGCCAAAUUCCAUUAUUGUAGCCUAUCAGCUUCAGUACAAACGCGUCGAUUUAGAGAAUUCGAAGAACGUAACGGAGUGCAUUAAUCAUUCUUCAGUGCGUGGUGGAAGAUAUGUUAUACAGCAUCUUCCCCCAGGUCAAUACGCGGUUAGGGUGAAACCAAUUUCGCUUGCGGGUGAGGGGAAAUAUAGUGAAUCGGUGAGGUUUGUGAUUGAACUCCCCGACAACGACGUCUCGCCUGUUGCAAUAGUGGUGCCGGUCGCUUUAGUAACGUUCUGCAUUUUUGGCGCAAUAUACUAUUUCUAUUAUUAUAAACGAAAACGUAGGUUAAAUAGCCUGCAUUUAAUCACGAAUGUUAAUCCGGACUAUGCGGGUCCGAUUUAUAUCGAAGACGAGUGGGAGAUCGACAGGAUUGACAUUGAAAUCAUGAAGGAAUUAGGGCACGGUACUUUCGGUAUGGUAUACAGUGGGUUCAUCAAGUCAAAAAACAUGCCUUGCGCGGUCAAAACUGCGAAUUCGUACACAGAUUAUGAUGAUAAAAUGACAUUUUUAAAUGAGGCAUCCGUGAUGAAGUCAUUUAGUGACGCUCACCAUGUAGUAAAACUUCUAGGUGUUGUUUCGAAAGGUCAACCGCCGUUCGUUGUUAUGGAGCUGAUGACGCGAGGCGAUUUAAAAUCGUUUCUGCGGAGAUCUCGUGAUUCCUCUAGUAGCUUAACUUGUGCUGAAAUGUACAGAAUGGCAGCUGAGAUUGCGGACGGUAUGCUGUAUUUAGCGGCGAAGAAAUUCGUCCAUAGAGACUUAGCGGCUCGUAACUGCAUGGUGGCAGCAGACUUUACUGUGAAAAUUGGCGACUUUGGUAUGACCAGAGAUAUUUAUGAGACUGAUUACUAUAGAAAAGAAACUAGAGGCCUAAUGCCUGUUAGGUGGAUGUCUCCCGAAAGUUUAGCUGAUGGGGUUUUCACAUCUGACUCUGAUAUUUGGAGUUAUGGCGUAGUACUAUGGGAAAUGGCCACGUUAGCGGAACAACCGUACCAAGGUCUUGCAAACGAACAAGUUUUACAAUUUGUGAUUGCGCAAGGAACGUUGGAGCGCCCACAUGAGUGUCCUGAUUUGUUGUAUGAAAUAAUGGACGCAUGUUGGAAAUGGAAACCUAUUCAUCGGCCUCUUUUUAAAGACAUAGUCGAAAAAUUAGAACAAAAUAUUGGGCAGAAUUUUAGAUUAGUUUCCUUUUUCCAUAGCUCAGAAGGGGAAGAGUAUAGACUACAUUGUAAAGACCGAGUUUAUAAUCCACCAGCCCUAACAGUUCCUCUUGGUAAGAGUACGGCGAUUCAUUGGAAGACAUCUCACGAUGAUGUUAGCAUUUAUUCAAUGGACUCUCAAUCUAGUAAUCCGACGCCACUGUUAUCAUCAUUUGAAAACCAAAGUAGAAAUAUGCCCUCUGGCAGUAGUUACCGGUAGUUUAGGUAUAGGUACUCUCAUAAAAUGUUACAUGUGAGAUGCAAUGAACGUUCAAUACAUGAAUGUAUUAACUAAAUGUGAUAUUCCCGUAGUCAUUAAUGUUAUGUUCUGUUACAUUUUUUGCAUUUGUUUUUUAUUAUUAUUUGAGGGCCGCAGAGAACUGUAGUGAUUUAAGCCCUCAAGCAGCAAUUAGACCAACGUGACUAGAAGUAAUCAAAGUGGACCAAAACGGGAAGUUUAUUUGAACGGAAUGGAUAAAAUUCAAGAGUACAAAUAGUAGUUGGUUAAAAUGGUGCUUGAAAGUUGUCUGUUAAGGUACAAUUUGCGGAAAAAUUGUUUUACACCUACUACCUACUUCAAUGUGAUUUGUAGUAUAGAGUAAUUCAUGUUGCCUUAUAUACACGAUAUAUAUAAAAACAAGGAAAAGUCUUAAAUGGCCAGAUGGGUUACGCAGUUGUAUUCCUAGUCUUCUUUAUUAUUAUAAGAAGCAACUGCAUUACAAAUUAGUAUUCCUUCCAUAUCAAUAUCUAGGUUAAUAAAUUAAACAAAAAGCUUUCAUUUUUGUAAAUGUUAUAUUUGUAAAAAUAAAAUUAUAUUUUUCA